CACCCAUGUGAGGUCUUGUAGUGUAACAGUAUUUUAGGCCAUGAUUCUUUAGUAUGUUUUAAAUGCUCUUAUUUCCAUUUUAAGCUCUACUUUUAUUAUUCAACUCACUUUACCAUCACUCAAAUUUAUUAACAACUGAGUUAGCAACUUAGCAUUUACAAAUUGCAAGAAUUUCCUCAACAAAUCCAUGGAUCACAACACCACUACUCCAAAAUACUUUCAAUCUCCAUUCUUUGGUUCCAAUGUGGAGCUUGGAAAAACUAAAGACAGCCCAUUUGCAGUUGCUGAUGGAUUUCAAGACCCACUUUGUAAACUCAAUCUUAAGGAAACAUCUGAGUUUGUUAGGUCAUUUCCAACUGCUCAAAGAAGAAAUGGAGUGAACUCAGUAGUUUCUCAAAGAAAACUAAUGGAAGCUCCUACUACACCUGGUAGACCAGUGUUUAACUAUAGUUUUAGUCAUAAUGUUGCAAGAAAAAACUUCCCUUCUAAGUGGGAUGAUGCUGAGAAAUGGUUGAGUUGUAGCUCUUGUAAUGAAUCUCCUGUUCAUGGGGUUAAGACAUCAGCAUCAGCAGAAGCUUGUAAUGCUUUGAAAACUAAGCAUAUUGAUGUUUUUUCGGAGAAAUUAAGGGUUAGUGAGGAUAAAGAUUUGAAAUUUGGUUCUAGUUUUCAAGUGGGUGGUUUUAAUGGAGGUUCAGUUCCUCAAGAUGUGGUUCUAAAAGAUAGGUUUACUGAUGAGGUAGAAUCAGUUCUGCCGAAUCUGAGAUAUUCGGAGCCAUCGAAAGAAGGGUUUCUUUUCAGAAACUCGGCAACAGAAACAAUGAAAGAUGCGGGAACCGGAAUAAUUCAUGAGUUAAAACACAGAGAUAUUGGGACAGAAAUGACUCCGUUAGGCAGUUCGAAAACAUCCAGAUGUCAUACACCGUUGAAAAGUUCAUCACCGGCACGUCAUAACACGCCUGCUGAUAGGUCGGGUCCUUUGCCCUUGGGGAAUUCUAGUAGCACCAACAGCACCAUUGACAUUGAACAGUUAAAUGAGUGUCACUUGGCCAAGCUACAACUCGGGUCGCAAUAUGAUUCUGUUACAUCGAAUUGGAGCUCAAGAGAAGAAGAGGAAGAGGAAAUAUCAAAAAGCUUAAGACACUUUGAGACGGGUGUUACUUCCCGGAAAAGUGUCUCGGAUUCACGAGCUGCUGCCUGGGAGGAAGAGGAGAAGACAAAAUGCUGCCUCAGAUAUCAGAGAGAAGAAGCUCAAAUUCAAGCUUGGUUGAAUCUUCAAACCGCAAAAGCAGAAGCUCAAUCAAAAAAACUAGAGGUGAAAAUACAGAAGAUGAGAUCAAACUUGGAAGAGAAGUUGAUGAAGAGGAUGGCAAUGGUGCAAAGAAAAGCCGAAGAAUGGAGAGCUGCAGCGCGCCACCAACACACCGAACAAAUUCAAAAGGCUACUCAACAAUCAAAGAAAAUUAUCAACAGACAUAAUAACUUGCAAUUUUCAGGCCAUGUUGGUUGUGGUUGUUUGCCUUGCAACACCUACCCUUAUUAAUCAAGAAACCAUUUAUAAUAGCUCUUCUUCCUAGGGAAAUCCAAAUCAUAUUUUUAAAUUUUUCUUAUAUCUUUUUAGCAA